CCUUAACUAUACGCGAGCCCUGAGUAAAACAGGAGGUGGACCGGCUAGUACCUACUUAUACCCUAGGCAGGUACCUACCUCACGGUCUAGCCCCGUCUAGUGAGAAACUACCUAGCUAUUCUGUGAUAGAUUCACUCUGCUUGCGCCUUUAAGAAACCACCGGAGUACCUAGUUUAAUCCACCUUGCUCUGCUAUGCAGAGAUGAAAGGGACGAGAUGGACCUGUACCUACCUAGUCUCGUCUCAGUCUCGGCAGCUACCCUACCUGGGGAGGAACCUAGGUAGGCACACACAGCGCGCUUAUCGCUUACCGCUCGCCACUUACCCGUGAAUCAGCCGCUGGAGUCAGGUCUCAAAUGAUCUCCCCGAUGACUCUUGUUACAUCCCGGUCAUUGAGCUUCUUCUUACUCUCCAAAAUUAUCGCGAACAUCGAUAUCAUCCACACUCCCUCUCCCCUUUCCAAGACUGCUAUCCCCAUUACAAUAUCACCCUACCAACGAACAAGCCACAAAAUAAGAGAUAAUCAUGAUGUGUUCUCAGCAACUAACUUAACUUGGAAACAAGGAAGCCAUCCAAACCAUUCACAGCACACUUCGUUCGCACUACCAAUAGUCCUCAAGAUGCUUCUACGAAUGUCUCAGCGUUUCCGGAAACACUACGCUCAUACGGACACACGGUCAUUAUCACUGCAUGCGCGAGCAACAAAAGAAGAACGGCGGCAAUUCAUGGGAACAUUGUAAGGCUUGUAAGGUGUAUAGACAGAGGAGCUAUAAUUCGAAAACCCAUCGAGAGGACGUCUGAAUUUGUAUCGCAUGAUAUUUCAGCAUGGCUAGCAUCUUCACUUACGAGACAGAGCCGUCCAGGGUAUCGUCCCCAUGGCUAACGCCGACGGAUACGCCCAAAGCAUCCACACCUCAGCCAAAAGGCCCUUCAGUGACCUUCGCGUCCCCGUCUUCCGCGCGAUUGGAAGAUCAUGGUGUUACAAAACUUGAAGCGGAGCCACAAGACGGACCUACCGAGUAUAAGCUCCAUUUGUUACUGAGACCGCGGCGAAACUAUAGUAGAUCAUCCACAGGUUCUAAUACCUCGGGGUCCUAUCGCAAAAAGCACACUUCCAUUCAGGACGCAACAACUGACUCAGGCCCAGUUUUGGCACCUUCAAAUCAAUCCAGGCAACAUCGCUUCGAGCAACUUACUACUCAGCUUCUAUGGCGUUUGCAGCAAUCAUCUCCAUACCAUGACGUCUCCACCAGCGAACUCGUACUCCCUAAACUUCCUGAUGCAAGCGACGGAUUGCGAACUCCUGUAAAGCCUGCCAAAUUACUUACUGGACUAGAACAGAGUCGUGGAGCACUGUACGAGAUUGGCGUUUCUGACGACGGAACCUUCGUAGGAUUGACUCAGGAUGAGAUGAACGAGAGCUUGGUGAAUCUACGAGCUAUGGCCGCAAGCCUGGGCUGUAACGUGGAAAUUGUCAGAAUGGUCGUCGUUGGCGAAUGCGAAUGGCAAGAUCCGCUUUCGAAUUCUGAAUCGCAAAAUGCGCUGAGACCAGAACCAGACAAGAGGAAAGCCGAGCGACUGCAGCGACCUGAUAAACAGCUUGAUAUUCUACGUCAUGAGGCACAGCUUUGGGUCGCUGAGGCCCUAGUAUCUCCGAAUCUAGGUCCAGGGGAGAUAGACACCACACCGAAGAUUGAGCCAAAUCCUUGUGCGUUUACUAAACACCAGAGUCAUCCCCCCCAUCAGCUCGACAGCCAGGCUUGUACAGUACGGGAAGCUGGUGGUGGGGAGACGGAGCAGUUGCGCAUCACGCUCACAGGACCUACAACAUCUGGAAAAUCAAGCCUACUUGGUACUUUAUCCACAGCAACCUUGGACAAUGGGAGAGGUAAAAGCAGACUCAGUCUCCUUAAACAUCGGCACGAGAUAGCUUCGGGUGUGACCAGUUCCGUUGCUCAGGAGCUCCUUGGUUAUCACGAGGAGAAAGUCAUCAAUUACGCUUCUGCUAACGUAAAUACGUGGACCGAUCUACAUUUGCUUUCAAGAACUGGCCGUUUGGUAUUUGUUUCGGACUCUGCUGGGCAUUGGCGAUAUCGAAGAACUAUUGUUCGAGGUCUUAUCGGAUGGGCACCACAUUGGAUUGUCCUUUGCAUAGCCGCCGACCAUCGUGAUGGUAGCGUUCCUGUAGGAGAUGUGGGACAAGAAUCCUCGGCAGCUGGUUUUUGCGUGGACUUUGGUAAAGCGCAUCUCGAACUAUGCCUGAAGCUCGACCGUCCACUUGCUAUUGUGAUCACCAAGCUUGACCUGGCCUCUAAGACGAGCUUAAGGCAGAGUCUUUCGAAAAUACUCUCGAUCGUCAAAUCAACCGGUCGGGUUCCGUCCAUUAUACCACCAGACCAGGCCAGAACAGUAGAAGAAGCAGAGCUCAAUAAACUCCCUCGAAAAAGUGAUGAAGACCAAAUUCGCGAGCUUGUAGAGAAAAUGAAUUGCUUGGGGGAUUUAACAUCCAUCGUACCCAUUGUUAUGACCAGUGCGGCACGAGGAACAGGCAUCCAGUCCUUGCAUUCACUGCUGCAAAAUCUGCCGCUGCCUCCGACUCCUACGGCGUAUGAUUUCGUCGGACCAGCUCUUAACCCCGAGCAGCCCUCUUGUCUUUUCCACAUAGAGGAUGUGUUUGGAUUCCCAGCUUCUCCGAAGCCGCUAGCUUCGAGAAAAGACAGAACCCCUGAUGCUGGAGUGGUAGUUGCAGGUCACCUACGAUUUGGUACAUUGUCCGUGGGCAAUCUAGUGGUAAUCGGACCAUUUCCAGCAGAGUCGGAUGAGUUCGAGACACCGUCGAGGCAGUCAGUUACAACACCAUCGCCAAAACUUGGAACGUCCUUUUCUCACCCAUCAACAACCGAACUUUCCCGGAUAGCUUCUAAUAUUGCAGUCUCAGGAACUGUAUCGAAAGGGGAAUGGUUCAACGCCCAUGUCGUCAGUCUGAGGAACCUGCGACUCCCAGUCCAUACACUACAACCAGGCCAGGUAGGCACUGUCGGUAUAGUUUUCGAUACUCCUUUAGGAGAAGUCUCCAAUGGACCGUUCGAACGGCCUCCGGACACACAACCUCGAGUGAGAAAGGGACUUGUCAUAGCCAUUCCCAGUCAACACAUGUUAGACACUGGUCAAUCCUUACAGGCUGCAAGUGGGUUUACCGCAUCUUUUGAAGACAGUGACAUCAAUUCCGUCACUGCUGGGAGCUUAGUCGUCGUGUAUAUCGCUAGCAUCCGGGCCGCUGCGAAAGUUUUAAAAGUAGUGUCCCAGGUAAAAAAUGACCUUAGCGGCAGAACUGAGGAGGACAAAGCCGACGAUUUGUUUGGCUUGGAUGACAGUCUCGAGGUCGAGGAGCAGGAACUAGAGCCACUGGUCUUUGGCUUUGAUGGCAUCACCGACGUUACAUUUGAGCUCCUGACAAGUCGCGAGUGGAUAGAGCUGGGGUCUCAGGUUUUAGUUAUGCCAGGAGGAGGUCAUGGGCUGUACUAUGGGUCCGAGAGGGGCGAGAAAGGUGUAGCUGGUCUUGAUGGGUUCGCUGGCAGAGUCGUUGAAGUCGUAGACUAGCCAGAUGUGUAUAGAUCAUUGAGCGAUGUUUUUAUAACGUAUCCCCAACGUCUCCUUCAUUACUAUUGGCAGUAAUAUAGGUCGGUCACAAAUGCCAGGCUUCAUUUCUAGUUUGUAGUCAGGUCAACACAAUCAGAAGUCCAAGUCCAAGUAUUGGUAACAUUCGUCCCUUCCAACACCUGAUGUAGUAAGAGAACCAUAACGCCGUUCUGAACGUCACGAUCUGGAAAUGCUUCCCGUUUUAUCCUACACCGCCAGAGUCCAUCCCCCAAUCUUCUACGCCCGAACAAGCCCAUAGAACAAGGUCCACGUCAAAACAAAGCCACUCAGCCCCUCUAUCAAGCCUCCUGUCCAAAGCUCCAAGCUUCCCUUAAAAUAUCUCUCAACCCCUGCUGUGCCUUGAGACUCUGUUUCUUGAACAAUCCCCGGGCGAACGCGGAAUGCAUAUACGAGAGCAGAAGUGAGUACUGUGAAGAAGAAGUAGAAGAGAAAUCCUGGGUAGGAUUCAAGACCCAAAAUGCCGGCGCCAAUACCGAAGAGUGAGGCUGUGAGAUUGCGGAGGGUUGCGAGGGUCUGUGAUAACAAAAUAGACAAGUUAGUAAUUUGAUUGGGAGUGAGUAAGUGCUCUGGGAGUUAGUAAGAAGGCUGAGGUUGCGCCAAAGGAAGGUGGGGGUCUGUUGCAUUGGCAGAUGACCUUGGGAUGGGGUGAGAGCCCGAGGCGUAAAGCGAAGACUGGUACAUAUGGAGGAGAGGUAAUGGAGAUGGGGAGAUGUGGUAUGGUAUCGUGGAGAUAGAGACAGCGAUACCGGGUAAAGUUGCCACUGAGCCCAGGAUAGACGAACCUUGGUGUUGUGCGCGACCGAUUCCUGCACGAUGGGGCUUAUCUGUAGCUCUCUUUCUGUGAGCAUGAUGGCGGGCUAGUGCGAACCAGUGAACGUCCCGAAGUGCAGUCGAUGAUGAAAAGAUAGAGGGCGAGGGCGGUUUGGUGGCGAGGUGAGAUAAACCAAAUGGAACUGACUCUGGGA